AUGGCUUCCCCUAGCGUUCUCACCUUUGACGCUGAGGGUCGGGCAGUGGACUUUGAGGUCUGGGUAGAUGAUAUUCAGCUUUUCCUGCAGUGCGAUAGGGCAGACGGCCUCUCCCUGUUUGACCUCACUUCUAGUGCCUCCCCUGCCCCUACUGCUGAUGCUGACGCCACGGUUCGCUCACAGUGGGCCACACGUAAUGCUGCUGCUCGCCUUGCUGUUUGCCGCCACUUACCGACCACUGAGCGUGCACACUUCAGCCAGUACAAGAGUGCUCAUACCUUGGACCACUUCCUCUCUGUUUACCCCACCACUCUCACCGUUGACCUCCUUGAGAAAGCCCUCCUAGCAAUAGAGAAGAGCAUAGUCGCUGUAGGAGCUUCUCGUGGUGACCCUCGCACCCCCGUCUUUGAGGGGUGUUCUCCCUCCCCCCUCUUGCCCUCUGUUGCCUCUGCUGCUGCGGCCAACCUCGUUGGUUUCGAGUCGGUCGGCGCUGCGUCUGCCUCGAGCGGGAGACGUCGCACCGGCAAGGGCCAGGGGGGCAAGGGCACUGGAGGGGGUGGAGGGGGCAGUGGAGGUGGUGGUAGAGGCGGGGGAGGGAGUGGGGGUGGUGGUGGGAGUGGUGCCGGGGGUGGCGGCGGCGGCGGCAGCAGUAGAGGCGGCGGAGGCGGUGGAGGUGGCGGAGGGAGCGGAGGCGGCAGAGGUAGUGGAGGAGGCAGAGGUGGAGGAGGCGGCGGAGGCGGCGAUGGCGGCGGCAGCGGUGGUGGAGCGAGUCGCGACUGUGCGCCGAGGAGUGGCGCCGGUGGUGGUCAGCGCCAGCAGCAGCAGCGGAGUGGUGUGACCCUCUCCCCUCAGCAGAUUCGUGAGUGGUACACUGCACGCCAGCGCAGUGGGGGUUUUGGUCCCUGCACUUACGCCGGGGUUGCCAUCUUUGAUCUUGACUUUGAUGCUAUUCUUGCUGCCAUGUAUGCUGUUGCUGAUAGUGUUGAGGGUGCCUGUUACCUAUGUGUACCGCCUGACCCGGGCGUUGAGGCCGCUGCGCUAGGUGCUGGAGAGGCUGCUGCUCUAGGUGCUAGUGCGACUGCUGCCCCACGUGCCAGUGCGUGUGCCGCCCCAGGUACUGGUGAGUCUGCUCUCUCAGGUACUACGUUGGCUCAGGCCUUCCACACCUUCACCCUGGACUCGGGUGCGUCCCGCUCCUUCUUUCGAGACCGCAACACUCUUACGCCGCUUAGUCGGCCGGUUGCAGUCUCCCUAAUAGACCCCUCUGGGGGUCCUGUCCUUGCUAGCUUCUCUACUGUCCUUCCGUGCCCUGCAGCCCCUUCUAGCACCCUAUAUCUGAAGUGA